UUUGAUCCCAAAAAAAUCAAAAUAUGGCAAAGGUUUACCAAAAUUUCAAUCAUCUCCUCAACUUGACAAUCUUCAUCCACCAUGGGCAAGUCUCAGACGAAGAAGAAGACUCGAGAGAGUCGACAUAACCCCAUGCGUGUCCCUGAUGCCCAUCUGGGGAGCGGGAAGAGCCAGAUGGGAGUCGAUCAAAGUAAAGAAAAGCAAAUGUUGCCUAUUCUUCGAAAGCUAUCGUCGGCCGAAUAUGCAGAUAGGACAUGGGCUUGUGCUGCCAUCUCCAACCUCAUUCAGAAUGACGCUGCGACUCGACGAUUGUUCCAAGGGAACAAUGUUGUAGGCGCUUUGAUUGAACGAUUGACAGAUGGAGUGGAUGAAGUGAUCGUCGAGGCCUCCGGGGCUCUCAGAAAUCUUGCAAUCGACGGAGGACAUGAGCUCUGCGCUGAAAUGUUCAAUAAGGGUAUCAUGUCGCAUCUCUCUGUGCUCAUCUCCAAAUGCACGAACACGAUCAACACCAUCCUCACCUCCCCCGCACCCGCUACAAACCUCUCAGAGACCGAUUAUCAAGCUCGCAAACACCUGCUGGCGCUUUCUGAAAACGUCUUGUAUCUCGUUUGGAGUCUCGCCGAAGCGAAUCACAAGACAUUAGCAGCGAUCAACGGUGCAAAUGUUGAAGAGCUCUUGUUUCUAGCGUUGAAAGGAAGACAGGUCUUGGGCACUGGCGUGGCUCUCGCUGCGGCCCAAGCGACCUAUUCAUUGAGUCAGGAGAACCCCGAAUUUCAACGUAAAGUUGUCCGAAACUCAGCUGCCAUUCAAACGCUAGUGGAAAUCGUCUCGGCCCCUCACGAUCAGAAUACCAAGUCGCAGCGGAAAGGUAAAGGCAAAGCGAGCGAAGCGACGAGAGAGGCAGAAGAUGGAAAGGCCUUAUUGCUCAGAGUCCUCAUUGCCGGUUCAUUGCGUAACAUUGUUGGACCGUCUUCCGAUCCUGCUCUGAAGGAAGACCUCAAAACGUUGACCAACGAGACAAUUUUACCUCUGGUCAAUGGUCUGCUCGACAUCGACCUGGAGAAUGUCGUUCGACAGGUCAUGCAGCUUGCUUCGGACGUGGCAUCAGGAGACCCAACGGUCAAAACUACGAAUGGUGCUUCAACUGAUCAUCGAUCCCCCUCUGAGAUUACUCUGGAAGCGAUAGAAAGGUCGCUCAUGACUGUUGUGGUGGGAUUGGAAAUCCUCACAGCGAUAUGUGCGGGGGUGGAGGAUGUAGACGAGAGCGAGGUUGAAGAAGCAAAUGGCGCAUCGGCGGGCAGUGAGGAUGAGGGCGAUGAUGACGAGGAGAUGGAAGAUGGUGGCGAGAACGACGGCAACGACGAAGAUGACCUCUUCGACAAGUCUCGAGAUAUCACCAUGAAUGGAAGCGGUCCCCCCAGCACCAGUAUCUCCACAUCAGUCACUCUCUCUCACCUCAUCUCAACCUUGAAACUGCCACAACGCCUCACGAUGCUCUCCACUCUUACACAGCUCAGUCUCCCUCCAUCCACCGCCCAACCAUCUCCUCAUCCCCCGACAACGUCUGCUCUCUCCGUCUUGCAUCUCAGGGCUCUCGAAGCGCUCAACAAUCUCCUCCUUACGUCGGUAGCUGCUAUCUCUGCGGGUCAAGGCUCUUCAUCCCAGCUCGCAACGAUUGUGCCACUGGCGAAGAUCUGGGCGUCAAUCUUCCGCAACGUCGACUUGAUCAAGAGUGAACCAGAGAGUCUGGGUCGCAAAGGCCAAGAGAUGAGAUUGGAGAUCUUGGAAAUGUGUAUUGGGUGCCUGUGGGGAACGGCAAGUUUAUCACCGGAUGCACUGAAUGUCUCGCCUGGACAAGAGUCAACGCUUGUGGAUGCUGUGUCCGUCCUUCGGUCGGAAUCCGCCAGAACCCGAGCUAUUGAGAUACUGGCGAGCCUAGCGUCAAGACCAUCUGUCUCAAUCGAGGAGAACAAGAGCAUUGGGAACUGGCUCGUUGGGCUCUUGGACACUGACCUGGAUCCUGAAAUGCUCGUCGCUGUCCUGAAUGCCAUCAUUGACAUCUACGCGGACGAACAGAGGGAAUACGAUGCGCCGAUCUUUGUAGCACAGGACUAUCUCAGCAUCUUGGCAGGCGCAAUGGGUACAGUCAGAUCCAAGGUCAAGUCUAUCGAUCGGAGGAAACAGCUCCGGCUGCGAGCUAGAGCCGAAGAAGCUUCGGAUAACUUGGCGGCAUUUGUAAAGUAUCGCAAGACGUUGACCAGGUGACGUUUGAGACAUCAUCUUGUUAUCUUGAGAGUGCCCAUG